GGAUUAUCAUGUGUAUUUAUGUAAUUUUUCUUCUUGCAACCUCUCUUGGUCAGGCUAUGGGUUGGAAUGGUUACAUAACAGAAAACAAAUCAGUAGGAAAACAUCGCCCAUCAGAAGUUUUGAGAUGGAUCAAAAAAUGUUUAGCAAAAAGUACCAAAGUGUAAACAGGGGUUGUCGGUACAAAAGGGCUGUUCCAGUAUAGAGGGGGUAAUAUGCUAUAUUACCAUCAUACUUGUUGAGUCAUAUGUCUACCACUGCCUGCUCAAUUUCUGAUUUGUCAUUAUAAUAGCUGAAUAUAGUUGGCACAAACAUGCUGGUGUAAAUACACUAUAAUGAUGAAAACAUGUACAUCUGAGUAUGGACUCAAUGUUAUUAGGCUAUGAGACAAUAGAACAGUUAAUUCUGAACAGGGUUUAAUUCCUGUUUUUGCUGUUAAUGAUCCUUGGCCUUCACCAACAUUGGAAAGAAGCCAGUGGUCCAACUUUAUCUCGCUUCCUUCCUGUCUUUAACUCCCUCUUUGUUCUCAGUGGAGUUGCUUCCUGAGUAGGAAGCCCCAUACUCUAAAUAACUGUAAACGUUACUCAGCGGACAUUAUAAGAUGAUCUGCUGCAGACCAUCGUUGCCUGCUUGCAAAUGACUGCUUUCGUGCCAGUGAGGGUGAUUACAAUGACUUUUUUGAUUUCAGUGAUUUUUUUAUUGUCUGUUGAGACAGGAUUUAGCACAAAGCAGGCUGGUGUCUGUAGGCCUUUUUGUACAGGGAAUGACUGCAUAACUGUUAAACAAGACAGAGUGGACUUCCAAACAGCAGAGAAAGCAUGCUUCGACAGGAAUGGGUCAUUAAUGACAUUUCAGUCAGAGGCAGAUGAGAGGACUCUUGACAUUUUCAGAGAUAAACUGUAUGGAGACUUCUGGAUUGGAAUGCGUUUACCCGCUUCCACCUGCAGCAACCUUUCAGCCCCACUGAGAGGCUAUAAGUGGACUUCUGGUAGUACGCAAACGACCUUUCUUCCAUCCUUCAUCAGCUGGAAAGACCGCGUUGAGGUGUGCUCUCCACACUGUGUGUCACUUUCAAAGGAUGGAAAGUGGACAGAGAGGCUGUGCUCGGACAAGGCGGAUGGGUUUCUGUGCCGAACAAAGUACAAAGACGCAUGCCAGGCGGAAGAACUGUCAGAUCCAAAUGUUAUCCUAAGCUCUAAAGGCUGUUCAGUUGGUCCUUGUGAGCAUACAUGCAAAGAUGAAAAGGGAGGUUAUGUAUGUUUUUGUUUUCCAGGAUAUAUCCAAGACGACAAGGACCCCGGGCGGUGCAAAUUGCACUGUGGGCAACAGAAAUGCCCUGCGAUAUGUGACAGAGGAACCGAUGAUGGGUGCUUGUGUCCCGAUGGCUAUGUACUUAGUGAAAAAAUUUGCGAGGACAUAGAUGAAUGUUCGAAUUAUGGAUGUGAUCAACACUGUAAAAACACUUUUGGGAGUUUUGUGUGUUUCUGCCGAGAAGGAUUCACACUGAAAGAUCACGGUAAAUGUGUCAAAGCAGAAGGCAGAGAAAGUUUGGUUGUCACAAGUCCUGUUGUCAUAAGUGUUGUUAAACCAGCCGCCAAUAAUCACACACAGCAGGGUGCUGCCGCGCCGGCGGGGGGUGUAGUCUGGAUAUGGAUCACUUUUAUCGUGGCUGUGGCCGUUAUUAUCAUUGUGAUAAGGUUUUAUGUUGUGGAGCGUCAGAAGCGCAGAGGCAAACUCCAUUCAGCAGUCAGCACCUUUCCUGUGAACAAUAUCGAGAGUCAAAUACAAGAUAAUUCAUAGAUAAAUAAAGAAUAUUACCUCCAUUGUCCCAUCAGCACUAUAAUAGACUCAAUUGCAUUUUUCAGACGGCUGCAGUAGGUCAAUUAUCACAAUAAACUCUUCUUUAGUUUUUGAUCUUCGAAAAUGCAUUUUAAAAUAGAAACAUUAAUUAAAGUGAAUGCAUUAACUAAUCACUGUAGUUUUCGGAGGAGGAAACUCUGUUCUCAUAUACAGAAAUAAGGACAGUAGAUAUAAAAGCAAAUAUUAAGUAAAUCAACAUCUUUUCAAAGUUUUACUUGGAUAAAGUACAAUCAUGUGUAUAAAUUGAAGCAGUAUUGAACCAGCAUGUUGUAAUUGCAAGGGCUCGGAAGUCAUUUUGACAGGUAGAAGCUCAUUCUAUAAGUUUAGCAAAUAGGGUUCAUAAGGAAAAAUAUGAAACUAUAUAAGCGAUAAGAAAUAUUGCAGACAAGUGAGGAGUAAAAUGGAGUUGAACAGAUGACAUGACAAAAUAAAUCCUUAGGAAAAGUUAUUUUUUAAAUGUAAGAGAUGUAAUAUUAUUUUUUUAACUCUGACUGAGCGUAAACAUAAAUAUGUUUGCAUUUAACUGUGAUUUCAUGUGUCACUUGUGACUUGUGUGUGUUUAUUUACAUGACAUGGAAUUAAAAUCUGAAUGAAUUUGUAA